AUGGCUGCAGAGGAGAAGUGGAAAAGUUUGGCUUCUAAACAGCCCAGGGAGGCUGAAGGGGCAGGUGAACAGGAGCUGUGGGUGCCCCUGGGCCGGCAGCUGGCUGAAGCGGGAAGGUUUGCUUAUGCAGCACUCUGUGCGAUAUCCCUGGCGUGGCUCUUCCCUGAGGAUGAGCAAAGCUCCUUCAGGACCGAAUUCACUGAGGGCUUUGUGAAAUGGCUGGACCUGCCUGAAGCUGUCUUACCUGCCAUGACAGCAUUUGCUAGUGGCUUUGGAGGUGAGGGCACAGAAACUUUUGUCCAGAUUUUGCUGAAGGAUCCCACCUUGAAAGAAAAUCCAGUUGUCAUUACCCAAGACCUUCUAUCCUUCUGUCUUAGAGAUGGGUACUAUGAUGCUCGAGCAAGGGUGUUGAUCUGCCACAUCACCUGGCUGCUGAGAAUCCCCCUGGAGGAGCUGAAAGCCCUGGAGGAAUCGCUGCUUGAGAACCUGAGGGAACAAAAGGAGGAAGAGUCUGAAACUGCAGAGGUAUCCAGAAAAAAGAAGGAAAGAAGCAAAAAGCUGAAGAGAUGCCUGCUGAUUGGUUUGGCCACUGUUGGAGGAGGAACAGUGAUUGGCUUGACAGGGGGUCUGGCUGCCCCUCUGGUUGCUGCAGGAGCUGCUACUAUCAUUGGAAGUGCUGGAGCAGCUGCCUUAGGUUCCACUGCUGGGAUUGCUGUCAUGGCAUCACUCUUUGGAGCAGCGGGAGCUGGACUUACUGGAUACAAGAUGAAGAAGCGUGUGGGAGCCAUAGAAGAGUUUGAAUUCCUCCCACUUACUGAAGGAAGGCAACUUCAUAUCACCAUAGCAAUUACCGGAUGGCUUUGCACAGGCAAAUAUGGGAGCUUCACAGCACCAUGGAGCAGCAUGUUGCACUCCAGCGAGCAGUACUGCCUGGCCUGGGAAACCAAGUACCUCAUGGAGCUUGGCAAUGCCUUAGAUUCCCUGCUGAAUGGUUUUGUGAGCAUGAUGGCUCAGGAAGCCCUAAAAUUCACUGUCUUGUCAGGUAUUGUGACAGCCUUGACUUGGCCAGCUUCACUCCUGACUGUGGCCAGUGUCAUUGACAACCCCUGGGGAGUGUGUCUCCAUCGUUCUGCUGAGGUUGGAAAACACCUGGCACAUAUCCUGCUCAGUCGACAGCAGGGCAAACGACCUGUCUCACUGAUUGGCUUCAGUUUGGGUGCAAGAGUCAUUUAUUUCUGCCUGCAAGAAAUGGCUCAAGAAAAAGACUCUCAAGGGAUCAUUGAGGAUGUGGUUUUACUGGGAGCUCCAGUGGAAGGAGAAGCCAAGCACUGGAAAGCUAUCAGGAAAGUGGUGUCAGGCAGGAUCAUAAAUGGUUACUGCAGGGGGGACUGGCUGCUGAGGUUUGUAUACAGAACCUCCUCUGUCCAGAUCAACGUUGCAGGCCUCCAGCCAGUGGACUUGGAUGACAGGAGGAUGGUAAACAUGGACCUUUCAUCUGUAGUGAACGGCCACCUGGACUACAUGAAGCAAAUGGACAUGAUCCUAAAAGCUGUGGGUAUCAAAACCAAGGAGUGUCAACUGGAAGAGAAGGGCAGCAGGAGUCUUUUGUCCCCUCAAGCCAAGAAAUCAGAGCAGGCAGCAGGCAGUGAGGCUAGAGGAGAGGAAGACAUGGCACGAGAGGAGGAUGCAGCAGAUGGUGAGGCUCUCCCAGCUGGCCACACUCACUGCCAGCAUUCCUCCAGCCACCUCCUGGGGGAAACCAACUUCCCCUGCCCAGCCUCUUCACACAGUAGGGACAGCAGGGAGCAGGCAGCAGGAAAAGGAGCAGAUUAG